AGCAAAGACGCCGCGUUAUCUGCGUUAUUUUUCACCGUUUGUUGUCCACCCCCCCUCCCCAAUCGCCGCACAUCGCACACCCCUAAUUCGCGAGUGUUUUCGGCAUCGUUUUUGUGAAUGAAAACCCACAAAUAUCCCGGAUAUUUGGUGUCCAUUGUGUCGAAAAGGAUGUGAACGUGCCGGCGACUCGCAAUCCCUGCCAGAAUGCACUCAUGAGUUCAUGAGAAUUUGACAUUUACCCCGCGAUACUUGCAGUUUUCGAUUGGUGUUUUGGGUUUGGUGUUUAUGUUUGGGUUCGCUUGUGUUGUUGUUGUUGUUGUAGGCUUUGGCGUGGGCUAAGAUUGGCGGACACACCCACCCGAAAAAGAAAUAGAAACAGCAACAAACAAAAAGUAGUCCACCGCCUGAGUGUUGGUGUGAGCGUACCUGUGUGUGUGUGUGAGAGGGAUUCGAGCCGGUUUCGCGCGAGUUAAUUGACAAAGCAAACAAAGGCAAACAAGAGCAAACAGCGCGAAAGUAAACAAAGAAUGUACCACUGGAAAUAAAGAAACAAACAAAUCAGAGUUUUUCGUCUGUACCAACAAUCUGUUUUGGCAAAAACUCAUAACCAUGCUCUGUUAUACCGUGUAAUUAGCAAACGUAAUAUGGCCAAAAGCCCACCACCACCACCUGCGUUGGUUUCCCCGCUCAACAUGGCCAAAUUCCUGGCGGCCCUUGGCAUCUGCUUUUGGCUCGUCGUUUCGGCCACCGCUCACAACUGUCAGCACCAGCAUCCCAAGGCCCAUGAGGUCGUCCAUGGCGUGCGCAUCCAACUGGCUGAUGGCGAUGAUGACGCCGUCGCUGGAGAUACGGACUCAGCCAGGCAUAGCGUGCGCCGGCGCAGCGUUGCCGCCGAGCAGCCGCUGCGCAUUCUCCUGGUGUACGACGAUUCCGUUUACAGACUUGAAGAGGAGAAAUUUAAUUUAAUAAAUGACACCGUGCUGCCGGAGGCCGUGCAGUUCUGGGAACAGGCCCUCAUGGUGCGGGAGACCAAGGGCGUUAUUCGCCUCAAUAGGAAAUGCGACAGCACCCAGGUUUACGUUAAGAACGGCCACACCCACUGCAUCGACCACUGCAAGGCGACGACCAUGUGCGGCGAGGUCCAGGUUCCCAACGAGCACUUGGAUGUCUGUCGCGUCUGCAAUGCCACUGGUCAGAACUGCAGGAUCGAUAGCAAUACGCAGCCUGGAGAUGGUAUAGAGAACGCAGAUUUCGUGUUCUAUGUAUCCGCCAGGCAGACGCAGCGUUGCUUCAAGGGCCUGACGGUGGCCUAUGCGGCCCAUUGUCAACAGGAGGCGGCACUGGAUCGUCCAAUUGCAGGACAUGCCAAUCUGUGUCCGGAGAGCAUAAGCACCAAGCCGCAGGAGCUGCAGACUCUGAUCUCCACCGUCAAGCAUGAGAUUCUUCAUGCCUUGGGCUUCUCCGUUAGCCUGUACGCCUUUUUCAGGGAUGAUGAAGGCAAGCCCCGGACGCCCAGAAAGUCGGAUACAGGCAAACCGUACCUGAAUGAAAAAUUACAGAUCCAUCAGUGGAGCAACGACACCAUUCGCAAGGUGGUGCGGGAGAACUGGUCUGUGCGUGGCGGCCAUGUCAACAAGGUGGUGGACAUGAUGGUCACGCCUCGCGUGGUGGCCGAGGUUCGUGCCCAUUUUGGCUGCGAGAAGCUGGAGGGCGCCGAGCUAGAGGAUCAGGGUGGCGAGGGCACUGCCCUGACCCACUGGGAGAAGCGCAUACUCGAGAACGAGGCCAUGACUGGCACUCACACACAGUCGCCGGUUUUCUCGCGCAUCACCCUGGCUUUGAUGGAGGACUCUGGCUGGUAUAGGGCCAACUAUUCCAUGGCCACACCGCUAACCUGGGGCAGGAAUCUGGGCUGUGCGUUUGCCAUGCGCAGCUGCAAGGACUGGAUACAGAUGAAUCAUGCCAGGGGACGCUCUAUACAUCCAUUCUGCUCGAAGGUCAAGCAGGAUCCCCUACAGACCGAGUGCACCGAUGACCGCAACUCGGUGGCCUUGUGCAAUCUUAUACGUCAUGAGUUCGAGCUGCCCAAGAGCUACCAGAACUUUGACAGCCUGAAUCAUGUAAAGGAUGGUGAGGAAGGCUUCUAUGGUGGAUCUGUCUCCCUGGCGGAUCAUUGUCCUUAUAUACAGGAGUUUACCUGGCGCAGCAAGAACGUGAUAGUAAGGGGCUCCCACUGUCGUUUCACAGAGAAUAAUCCAAAGCCCGAGAAGAACUUUGCUCUGGAGAGCUACGGCGAUGGCGCCAAGUGCUUCGACCAUAGCGAAUCCAUGUGGGAGGAGCGCUCUUGCCACCAAACCCGCGAGUGGCAGCACUGGGGCAGCGGCUGCUACAAGUACGACUGCUUCGAUGGCAGACUCCACAUCUUGGUGGGCAACUACAGCUACAAGUGCUCCUUCCCUGGGCAAAAGCUGUCUAUUAGGAUAGCUGCCAAUGGGUGGCUGCACAAGGGCGCCAUCAUGUGCCCGCCCUGCCACGAGCUCUGCGGUGCGCAGUUUGCUGCCCAGGGCAAGCAGUGUCGACCGGGCGAGGAGCCCGAUCCGCUCAACAAGUAUCCCCGCGAUAGCCUCGCCUGUGCAGCGGCCAGCGAGUUGUCCAGUUCCGUGGCCAUAAUAAUCAGCGCAGCUGCUUUCCUGCUCCUGCAACGUGGGCUCAGUUAGGCUCACUCGGGGGAGACAGUGUGCAGAUUUACUCGCUUCGCUCUCUCGGUGUAUUUAGUGAAAUUUGUACAUUUUAGCUGUAAGAUAUAAGCUCAACUUGUCUAAAUGUAGGUCGGUCUUAAGUGUAAUAAUACUCCCAGCAUACGAUAGGGUCGGUUUUAGCAAAGAAUCGUGGAUACUCGAACUAAUUUUCAAACAAAAAAUGUAUAUUUUAUCAAGAAACCCACAGAUUUAAAUUUAAAUGUGUAGGAAUUUGCUGAGGCUUCAUGAUUACUUUCUAUCUUUCUAUUAAAAUUUAUAUUGUUCCAGUGUUUAUAACUAAAUAAUUAAGAUGAAAGUUCCCAAAUAUUGCUCAAAUAUCAUAGAUAACUUGUAUUUUGUAUCUUUUCUUUCCAAUUUUUUGCUUCCUUAUAAAUCGACCCAUCUUACCAAACUUGUAGCUAUGUAAACGUAAUCGUAUGUGGUCCAUCCCCCCAAUAUGUGAUCUUUGUUAAGUGUGCCCAGCGGAUUUUUCUCGUAUUUUUUUGUAAGUCGGAAAUCUUUAAUUCCAAACUAAACGCUUUAAAGAGCAUCUUAGUUUCUUGAAUACAUUCCAAAGUCUAUUUGGGACAAUUGUUAAAAAACUUUGUUAUUUAUUAUGAAUAUGGUUUUCGAAAUUCGUUGAUUGCCUUGUGAUUUAUGUAUUCGAUAUAGUUUUGCCUAAGUUUCAUUUGGUUUUUUCGUCUACCCGCUGCCUAACUCGAGCAUUUAAGAUUUCCAAAACUCAGCCCUCAAAAUGUAUUCUUAAGAAAUAAACUUGAAUUGUGAAUAAACCAAGAAUUAAUACUUGUAAA